AUGACACCUGCCACUACCCCACGCGACCCGCCCUCGCCGCCAUCUGCAAACUUCCUCGACCGCGUCCUCAAUCCCGCCGGCCUAGCCCACAACCGCUACUCGCCCUUCCCCUACCACAGCUCGCUUCCUCCAGCACACGACAUGCCCACCAACACACGCUCGCACGACGCCCGCCCUGCGCGCCUGCCCAACGGCUACGUCGACCUCACCUCGGCCCCAGACUCACCGCCACACCGACGCAAGAGGCAGUCACCCACGCCAGGACCCUCAAAGCGACACAAGCGCGGGGAUGGCUCAGCGGUCAAGGGUGACAGCGACACGCCAGAGACGGUCGACGAGAUUGACCUGUCCGACGACAAGUUGUCCAUGCAGGCCAUGCUGCAGAAGCAGCGCGAGGACGCCAUCAGGUUGCAGGCUAAGCCCGAAGAGAAGCCCACCACCUUCAACACCAUCACCUGCGUCAUUUGCAUGGACACGCCCACGGAUCUCACCGCCACCGCCUGUGGCCACCUCUUCUGCCACACCUGCCUCAUGGAAGCCCUCAUCGCAGGCGAAAACCGCUCCGGCCCCGGCGAACCUAAACGCUCCCAGUGUCCCGUCUGCCGAAAGUUCAUCAACCGUUCUAAGGCCGCUGACAUCAUCCCGCUGCUUCUGAAGAAGGGUCUGGCCACGCAGCCGAGGAAGAAGGUGGCCGUCACUGCCGGUGCUGUCGCCUCUGCAUCAAAGGUAUAG